AUGGCAAGUUUAGUUGAGAGGCUUCGCGUUCGAUCAGAUCGGAGGCCUCUGUACAACCUAGAUGAUUCCGACGAUGAGUUUGAUUUCACGAGGAAAGAAUCUGGGACGGACAAAAUCGAGAAAAUUGAACGGCCUGAUGUGAAGGAAGGUUCAUGCCAAGCUUGUGGAGAAGAUGACAAUCUUUUGAGCUGCAAAACAUGUACUUAUUCAUACCAUCCUAAGUGUUUGCUGCCGCCUCUGAGAAGUCCUUUUCCUAGCAGCUGGAAAUGUCCAGAAUGUGUUGGACAUCUCAAUGAGCUUGAAAAGAUUCUCGACUGUGAGAUGCGUCCACGUGCUGCAAAUGAUAGUGAUGCGACUACGCCGGAAUUAAAUCUCAUGAAACAUUAUUUACUAAAGUGGAAAGGACUGUCCUACCUCCACUGCUCAUGGGUACCUGAGACAGAAUUUGUCAAGGCAUACAAGUCGAAUCCCCGUUUAAGAACAAAAGUGAACAACUUCCACAGACCAGCUUCUUCAUCAGUCAACGGUGAGGAUGAUUAUGUUGCUAUCAGACCAGAUUGGACGACGGUGGACCGGAUUAUCGCUUGCAGGGAAGUUGAUGAAGGAAGAGAAUAUUAUGUAAAAUGGAAUGAACUUCCAUACGAUGAAUGCUCCUGGGAGUUGGAAUCUAGCAUCGCAUCGUUCCACAAAGAAAUUGAAAAGUUCAACAAAAUGCAGUCUAAAGGUGACAAGGUAUCUGCAGUGAAACAAAAGAGCAAUCUUCGUGAUUCCAUUGACUUAAAGAAAAAACAGAAAGAAUUUCAACAAUAUGAAAAGAGCCCUGAGUUUCUAUCUGGAGGUUCAUUGCAUCCAUACCAGCUUGAAGGGUUGAACUUCUUACGCUUUUCUUGGUCCAAGCCGACACAUGUGAUACUUGCGGAUGAGAUGGGUCUUGGCAAAACAAUACAGAGCAUUGCCUUUUUAGCAUCUCUUUUUGAGGACAGUUUGUAUCCUCAUCUUGUAAUAGCUCCUCUAUCAACAUUGAGGAACUGGGAACGUGAAUUUUCCACAUGGGCUCCUCAAAUGAAUGUUGUGAUGUAUGUUGGCACUGUUCAAGCACGGGCGAUCAUCCGAGAUUAUGAAUUUUUCUAUCCCAAAAGUCACAAGAAGAGCAAGAAACAGAAAUCUGGCAAAACAAUCAGUGAAUGCAAACAAGAUAGGAUAAAAUUUGAUGUCCUUUUGACAUCUUAUGAAAUGAUCAACAUGGACUCAUCAUCAUUGAAACCCAUAAAGUGGGAGUGCAUGAUUGUCGAUGAAGGCCAUCGUCUUAAAAACAAAGAUUCAAAGCUGUUUUCUUCUUUGAAACAGUACUUUAGCCGACAUCGUGUCCUCUUGACUGGAACUCCUCUUCAGAACAACUUGGACGAACUUUUCAUGCUUAUGCAUUUUCUUGAUGCUGGGAAGUUUGGAAGUUUAGAAGAUUUCCAGGAGGAGUUCAAGGAUAUUAAUCAAGAGGAACAGAUUUUGAGGCUUCAUAAGAUUUUGGCUCCUCAUCUGCUGAGGAGGGUGAAGAAAGAUGUCAUGAAAGAAUUACCUCCUAAAAAAGAACUAAUUUUGCGUGUUGAACUGAGCAGCUUGCAAAAAGAGUAUUACAAAGCUAUAUUGACUCGUAAUUAUCAGAUACUAACUAGCAAGGGUGGCGCCCAGGUUUCUCUUAUUAAUGUGGUCAUGGAACUCCGCAAGCUCUGCUGUCAUCCUUUUAUGUUGGAAGGAGUUGAGCCAGAAGAUCCUAAUGAGUUUAACAAGCAAUUCAUAGAAGCUUCGGGAAAGUUACAACUUUUGGACAAGAUGAUGGUUAAACUUAAAGAGCAGGGCCACCGAGUUCUACUAUAUUCUCAAUUUCAGCAUAUGUUGGACAUAUUAGAAGAUUACUGUGAUUAUAGGAAAUGGCAAUACGAAAGGAUUGAUGGAAAAGUUAGUGGAGCAGAAAGGCAAAUUCGAAUAGACAGGUUUAAUGCCAAGAAUUCAUCAAGGUUUUGUUUUCUGCUAUCCACUAGAGCUGGAGGCAUUGGAAUAAACCUCGCUACUGCAGACACAGUAAUUAUAUACGACAGUGACUGGAACCCCCAUGCAGAUCUCCAGGCAAUGGCAAGAGCUCAUCGCCUUGGUCAAACCAACAAGGUAAUGAUCUACAGGCUCAUAACACGAGGAACUAUUGAAGAAAGAAUGAUGCAGAUGACUAAAAAGAAAAUGGUUUUGGAGCAUCUAGUUGUCGGGAAGCUCAAAACACAAAAUAUUAAUCAGGAAGAACUAGAUGAUAUCAUACGGUAUGGAUCGCAGGAACUGUUUGCUGAUGACAACAAUGAAUUGGUAAAAUCUCGUCAAAUUCAGUACGACAAUACUGCAAUUGAUAGAUUGCUUAAUCGCGAACAAAUUGGAGAUGAAGACGCUUCAUUGGAAGAUGAAGAGGAGGAUGAAUUUUUGAAAGCUUUUAAGGUAGCUAACUUUGAGUAUGUGGAAGAAGGAUUGUCAGAGGGCACACCUGUAACAGAAGAAGAGAAUAAAACAUCAGUAAACAAUUCUGAAAGAGCAAGCUACUGGGAAGACCUAUUACGAGAUAAGUACGAAGUGCAUAAGGUUGAAGAAUUUAGUGCUAUGGGCAAGGGAAAGAGAAGCCGCAAACAGGUGGUGUCUGUCGAAGAAGAUGAUCUUGCUGAAUUGGAAGAUAUGGCUACAGAUGGGGAAGAUGAUAACUAUGAAGCUGAGUUAACUGAUACCGAGGUUGCUUCAACUGGAGCUGCAUCGACCAGAAGACCCCGCAGAAAAAGAACUCAGGAUGCUUUAGAAAAACAUCCUUUGAUGGAGGGUGAAGGGAAACAUUUGCGAGUGUUGGGGUUUAAUCAUGCUCAGAGAGCUAUGUUCUAUAAGAUUAUUAUGAGGUUUGGAGCGACGACAAAUGGUUGGGAAGACUUUGAGAAACGCCUAAAGCAGAAGACUCCGGAGGAAAUUGAAGAGUAUGUUAAUGAUUUCUGGUCUAUUCUGAUAAUCUAUAUUCAUUUUUCAGAAAUUCUAGAUGAUCAAUAUCUCGGUUAUAAUGGUGUGCCCAAAGAAGGACUAAGAGUAGAUGAUGUAAUUUGCAGGUUGGGAACAUUAUCCGUGAUGAGGAACAAAUUGGAGGCUUUAUCAAAAGGUUCAGUCUUUUUCACGGAUGAUAUUUUAUCCCGCCACCCAAGACUGAAAGGAGGAAGGUUUUGGAAGCAGCACCAUGAUCAGGUGUUGCUGCAAGCAGUAAUGAAACACGGGUUUGGAAGAUGGCAAGCAAUUGUUGAGGACAAGGAAUUGAAAAUACAAGAAGUGAUCUGUCAAGAGCUGAAUCUUCCUGCUGCGUCAGUAACUUCUCAAGCACAAUCUCAGGCUCGAUCCUCUUCUUCUGGUAUUUCUCAACCGCAUGUUCCUACUUCUGCUUCUUCUGAAACACAAAAUGAUGUCAAAUCGGGACGUGUUGAAGCUCCUGAAACUACUGAUGUUGGAGCAGAUGCACAUAAAGGAGCCACUAAUAGAAGACUCGUUGAUUUUAUAAAAAGAAGGUUGCUACUUGUAGAGCAGGGAUUACUUACAGAACACGAGAAGACAUUACCUGCUGAGAUUGAAAGCGAAGACGACGUUCCAGACAAUGAUAUAGGGCACAAGGACUAG